CCAGUACUGAGAGGCAACAUCUGGGAAGUCCAGAGCCACGGAGGAUAUUGUUGAUUUAAUCCCAUAUCCUCACAUAGUUUUCGUUGUACUUUGGGCUGGGUUAUGAAUGGCCUUACAGCGGUAGUUGCCAUGUUUUGCAAAGAUAAAGUUUAAGUUGACCUAAAAUGAUUUAGAUGUUUUAAUGAGGACAGACCCAGCGUAUUCUGUUAUUGUAAAUUAAGAGUUGGACCGUAUCGCUAUAUUAUAUAUCUGUAAAAAUCACACAUGCUUAUUAUAUUAAUACAUAUUAUAUUAUGUACUAGUGUGUUAUAAGCCACACAGCUUGACGGACACCCCCGUCACCACUGUGGACUCCUUUCGCUUCCUCGGAACCACCAUCACACAUGACCUUAGGUGGGAGCCAUCCAUCAGCUCCCUGCUCAAAAAGGCCCAGCAGAGGAUGUACUUUCUGCAGCAGUUGAAAAAGGCUAAGCUGCCGACCCAGGUGAUGGUGCAGUUUUACACGGCCAUCAUUGAGUCCAUCCUCACUUCCUCCAUCGCUGUGUGGUACGCUGGAGCCACAGUGAGGGACAAACAUAGACUGCAGCGCAUUGUGCGCUCUGCUGAGAAGGUGAUUGGCUGCAGCCUUCCAUCUCUCCAGGACCUGUACGUCUCCAGAACUCGGGGGCGUGCAGGUCGGAUAGCAGCUGACCCUUCGCACCCGGGUCACAGACUUUUUGAGCCGCUUCCCUCAGGCAGGAGGUUACGGCCCAUCCGGACCAGAACCUCCCGCCAUAAGAACAGCUUCUUUCCAUCUGCCGUUAGACUUGUGAACAGCUUAUAAACACACAACCAUGCUCGUCUUCUGUACUCGACACAACGUCACGUUAUCGGCCAUGUUACCAUUACCUGCCAUUUUUUAUCGCUGAAAGUUUUAUUCUAGUUUUUUAAAAUUAUAUUUUAUUCUAUUUUUUAUCUUAUUGUCCAUGUUAUAUGUAGCAGGUUAGUACCGAAGCAAGUUCCUAGUUUGUGAAUUGUUUGUUCACUGACAAUGGCAAUAAACCUUUUCUGUUUCUGAUUCUGAUUCUGACAUACUAGUGUGUUAUAAGCCACACUCCUCUGGUGUGUUUUGCUCUCCUUCUAACGUUUUUACAACACCACCACACGUGAGUUUAGCCUUCAGAAAGGGGGUAUCAUGAAUCAUUUGGAAAGAAAACAAAAGAGUUCCGAAAAAAGGACAUCAGAAAUGUGCACUGUACAAGCUAGCAUUAGCAUCGUAACAGCUAGCUCUAACAGGAAGUUAGAAAAAGGCUAAAAUUGAUGGUGGAAUAUGUUUUUAACUUUAAUAUUAGUGUUGCUGAUCACCGUAUCGACCUGAAUAUAGGACGAGGUUUUUUCAUUGAAAAUAAUUUUAAAUGGUAAAUGGCCUGUAUUUGACAUAGCGCCUUCUAGAGUCCUGGAACCCCCCAAGGCGCUUUACAACACAAUCAGUCAUUCACCCAUUCACACACACAUUCACACACUGCUGGGGAUGAGCUACGAUGUAGCCACAGCUGCCCUGGGGCGCACUGACAGAGGCGAGGCUGCCGAGCACUGGCGCCGCCGGUCCCUCCGACCACCACCAGCAGGCAAGGUGGGUUAAAAGUCUUGCCCAAGGACACAGAGACAGACUGAGCGGGGCUCGAACCUGCAACCUUCCGAUUAUGGGGCGAGCACCUAACUCCUGUGCCACCGUCGCCCACAGCGUGGGGUUAUCUUAUAAUCAGGGUCUAAACAUUUAUACAUGCUGAGGUCUGGUCUGGGGUCAUUACACGCCCGUAACAGCAGAGGGCGCCAGGCUGUAUGUUCUCAACAGGAGAAAAAAAUUGAGACGAGAGAUCCGGAGCAGAGUGAACUGAAAGUGGUGCUACUAAGGCAGAGUUAUGCUAAUUUUAAGAUGGCGGUGGUCAGUUCAGCAGAGGCAUCAAACAUUAUAUGCAUGGAUGUAUUGGAUGGCAGUGAGGAUGGCGUUCUGGGAUGGGAGGAGUCGGCAGGUGUAGUGAUCUGAUGGUCCACCAGGACUGCAGCAAGGCAGAGGGCGUCUGAAUAAAAGCCUCAUUUGACUUUUGAUUUCACAUGUUAGCAAAGUUCUGAUAGUUUGCAUUAAAAUAUUAUUCUUACUCAGUAUUUGUUCUCACAUUUUCAAUUAAAUUAGUUUAUUUAAAAAGUGACUUUUUUUUUGUCUUUUCCUGAAGAUUAGUCUAGGAAAGGGGGUUUUUCUAAUAAUUGGGGUUGUCCUAUAUUCGGGUCAAUACGGUAAUUUAUCAUAUUCUGUCCAUGUUUACCAUAGAGAGAGGUCCUGUAUUUGUGUUUGUAAUUAUAUUGUUGUUCAAGUUUUUAACUCAUCUGCCCACAAUGCUACCUGUAGAGCUGUCGGUUCUGUACGUCUGCUCUGUAUAUUAUAAAUGCUUUAGAUUCAUUACAUCCACCAAACAGCUAAUGGGUUAGUCAAUCAGCUGUGAGUUAAAAAGGUUUGGUUGACGUCUUUUACAGCUUUGUGAGCCAACAAACCAGCCUUCAUCUGCUCAUGCAUCAUCUUCCUAAAUCUGAUCUCAGAUAAACUUCAUUUCACCUAGGGAUAGGUACCGAAUUCGGUACUUUUUAAGGUACCGUCCGAAUUCCAUAGUACCGACCGAGCACCGAUUCACGUCAUUUCAAACGGUGCCUCGUUUCGGUACCCGUCCUUCAUAAAGAGAGCUUGCCAAGACAGCUGCGCAUGCGCAAGAGCGUUAUGUCGUCGGUUGCUGCGAGCGAGUUGUAAACAGAGCAGCACGGUAGAAAGAACGCACGCUAAAGCUUGGGUCCACUUCACUAAUUGUGAUGGGUAACUGGGUGAUGAUGAAACCAGCGGCAAUGAUCUAAGUGAGACAUCCUCACCUUAAUCUGCUCCGGUGAUGCAGCACCCCAGCGAGGGUGCCCAGGUGCUGGGGCUCCACAGCCAGCUGAAGGACGUCUCCGUCCCCGUUGCUGAGAUCAGAGUCUACUCUCUGUCCAGUCAGCCCAUCGAUCACGAGGGACCCAAAGCAAAGAUGUCUGAUCGUUCUCCAGACAUCGACAACUACUCUGAAGAAGAGGAAGAGAGCUACUCAUCAGAACAGGAGGGCAGUGACGAUCCUAUUCAUGGGCAGUAUCUGUAUGACGAAGACGAGGAGGUGAGGAAGAAGAAGCCGAGGCGUAAGCUCCCUCCCAACGCCUCCAUCGUCAGACAACCCAACAUCAAACAGAAGUUUGUUGCUUUGCUGAAAAGAUUUAAAGUCACUGACGAGGUUGGCUUCGGCCUGGAGCACGUGUCCAGGGAGCAGAUUCAGGAGGUGGAGGAGGACCUGGAUGAGCUGUACGACAGCCUGGAGAUGUAUAACCCCAGUGACAGUGGGCCGGAGAUGGAGGAGACCGACAGCAUCCUCAGCACACCCAAACCCAAACUGAGGCCGUUUUUUGAGGGAAUGUCUCAGUCCAGCUCGCAGACAGAGAUUGGCAGUCUGAACAGCAAAGGCAGUUUGGGCCGAGACACUUUCAGUCCGCAGGGGGAGCAGCCUCCUCUAGAGAAGAUGAAGCCGUCCCGCAGCCGAAACCUGGACGACAUCCCAUCUGAGACGGACACGCUGGAGUUGACGGAUCAGGAGCUGUUUGCCGAGGUGGGCCCUUGCAUCACGGUGUCUGUGGCUGAGAAACCCCGUACUCCCCUGACGCCCAUGAAGAGCGGGAAAAAUGAAAUUCAGCCCUUGGCGUCACCAAGGCUGGAGGGAGGCCACACACCCCGGCAGAAGCGCGGCAGCAUCACCCCCAUGAAGGAGAGACAGCUGUCCAAACCCCUCAGCGAACGCACCAACAGCUCCGACUCGGAGAGAUCCCCCGAGCUGGGACACAGCACGCCGGCUCUGAGGAAAGCUGUGUACGAUCAGCUGAACCAGAUUUUGUUGUCUGACUCAGCGCUCCCUGAGAGCCUCAUCCUGGUGAACAGCAUCGACUGGCAGGGACAGUAUGUGGGGGAGCAGCUCCAAGGACAGAGACACCCCGUGGUCUGCACGUGUUCCACCGCUGAGAUCCAGGCGGUGCUUUCUGCUCUGCUCACACGCAUACAGAAAUUCUGUAACUGUAACUCGUCCAUGCCCCGCCCUGUGAAGGUGGUUGCCGUCGGCAGCCAGAGUUACCUGGGAGCCAUCCUGCAGUUUUUCGUCACCCAGCUGGCCAAUAAGACGUCCGACUGGCUCAACCACAUGCGCUUCCUGGUGGUGCCUCUGGGCUCCCAUCCUGUUGCCAAGCACCUCGGAGCCCUUGACAACCGCUACAGCUCCUCGUUUCUGGACGGAUCGUGGAGAGACGUGUUCAGCCGCUCUGAGCCACCUCAGACAGACCAGCUGGACGUAGCUGGAAGGAUCAACCAGUACAUUAACGGAGCUUCAGUUACACAUCAGCUACCAAUCGCUGAGGCCAUGCUCACCUGUAAACACAGGACGAGAGAAGAAGACUCCUAUCAGAAGUUUAUUCCUUUUAUUGGGGUGGUGAAGGUCGGUCUCAUCGAGUCGGGCUCUUCUCCAACAGGAGAUGCAGAGGAAGGAGUGGGAGUUAGCCUGGCUGUCCCCUCCACGUCUCCGCCGUCCCACGGCUCCCCCACGGGGAUGAUCAAAGAGGCAGCCACACCCCCUUCCUCCCCCUCUAUGGGUAGCGCCCUGACUGUGCAAGGGAGUCCCAGUGUGUCCCACGGCGUGGAUGCCAUUGGUCUCCAAGUGGACUACUGGCUGGCCUCGCUUGCCGAGAAGCGGCGGGAGGGUGAGCGGCGUGACACCAGCUGCAAGAACACACUGAAGAGCGCUUUCCGCUCGCUGCAGGUCAGCAGGCUGCCAGGAGGGGGCAGCAGCGAUCCACAGACACAAGUCAGCACCAUGGCCAUGACCGUGGUCACCAAGGAAAAGAACAAGAAAGUUCCCACCAUCUUCCUGGGAAAGAAACCCAAAGAGAAGGACGUGGACUCCAAGAGCCAGGUCAUCGAGGGCAUCAGCCGACUCAUCUGCUCCGCCAAGCAGCAGCAGACCUUCCUGAAAGUGUCCAUAGACGGCGUCGAGUGGAACGACGUCAAGUUCUUCCAGCUGGCGGCGCAGUGGCCCACCCACGUCAAAUACCUACCUGUUGGACUAUUCGGCUACAGCAAGCCCCCGUCGUAGGGCUGAGCUUUCACCCUGACCUGUCGCCGUCCCGUCACUACUUUGCACACAGAUCUCGCUUGAUUCAGCAUCAAGCGAGCAGCCGGACCAUUUCCUCCAUUAAACCCACUAAAACCAGUCUUAUUUCUCUGCUAGGGAGGAGGAGUGGUGAUCAGGUCCAGCACUCUUUACUAGUCACUUUAAUGCUCCCUUUUGUGUGUGUGCAUGCACACGUGAAUGUACAGUGUGUGUGUGUGUGUGUGUGUGUGUGUGUGUGUGUGUGUGUGUGUUCACAGAGAAAUCCCAGCACAAGUUCAUCAGCCGACUCGUUUAUGUUUCCGUUCUAAGGAAUGCAACAGCUAUCCACGCCCUCUAGUGUCCAUCCAGAUUUUUUCCAGCCCUGCAGACACCCGAUCCACACAUAACAGAUACACACCAAUGAUGAGUCAGCAGAAAAAAGCAGUAUGGACGAUGCAAGGUCAUCACCUGCUCACUAAAUAAUGAAAGCUGCAGAACAAACCCCUCAAAAUGCACUCACAGAUGUUUUUUUAAGUCUUCCAUCUAGCAGUUUUAAACAGAUCUCUCUGUACUAAAUGAAAUCUGAAUGUUGAAUAAAUAACAUAAAAAAAAAAUAAAAAAUUUAAAGGGGAAGCAUAACUUUUUGUGAAAACAGUCCAACUUUCACUUUAUUUAGCUGUUCUGUGAUGCUCCGUGUGUGUUAACGUAUCAGAUUUGGAGCUGGAAUUAAUGUGCUUUUUUUUUUCAAUCGCUAUGCACGUCUGAACACACACUGGUGAUAGCAGCUCGUAAAGUGUUAUUUAACCCUCAUCAAAGAGGCUAAAUAUGCAACUCUUAACAAAACGCAUGUUUAUAAUAGUAGUGACCACACCCCACCUCCCUUACAAAAGCACAGUCACCAGUUGUUUAUUUAUUUAUUUUUUUUAUUUUUAUUUUUUUUUCAAAAAUUAUUUUUAUGAGCAGAAAAGUUUAAAAAAAUAAAGACUUCCCUAUAAUUUAGUUAUUAUGUGCAGAUCUACUUCAUGGUUUCUCUAAAAUGUUGUGAAGUGACCCGUGUGUGUACUGUUAGAGCUAACAGUGUGUGUGUGUGUGUGUGUGUGGUGAUUAUCAAUAUCCCUGAUUGGUGAUUGUUUCAGAUUUAGGGCUGCAGGGGUUCCUGUUGUAGCUUGACACAAGGCAAGAGCUCUUUUUUUAAUGAAGAAUUAUAGUCAUUUUAUUGGAGAAAAUUGAUCAAAUUCCAACAUUUUUCCAGAUACUACAAUACUCAGAACUUCUGUGCGUCUCUGCCUUGUGUCGUCUACAUCGCAAGGCCCUUUUUCAACACUGAAGUAUUAGAAAAACUUGCUUUCAACAGUGUUAAUGCAAGCUUCUUGGUUUUCCUGUGUUGAUGUUACAGUGUCACAGUUGUGAUGUCAGCAGCCUCGAUACACCCGGGUGUCAACAAGGGACAAAAGCUGAUUUUUUUAAUAUUUCCAGAUGUUUGAAUGUACAUCAUUAGUUUACAUGCGCUUUUCAGUGAGUAAAAAUGUUGGUUAUGUUGAAAAGGCUCAUCCUUACUGACAGGUUAUUAAACAAAUCGCCUAAAAUGAAAGUUCAGAUCUUUUAAAGUGACUUUCGUUUUAAAUAUUAUUAAUAGUGUUUGAACAGCUUCAGUUUGGAGAGACCAGGAUUAGUUGCUUAACAAGCUAACGGCUAAUCAUGUCAGCACCAAACAAUCUAGAAAUAUAUCUGCAGAUUUGUAAAUGUUGUUAAUUUCACAUUAUUUACAUCGAUUCAUUUAAAAGUAUCUGCAGCAGAUAAUACUGGUGGUGCUAACCAGUGUUAGCACCUUCAUUUCAACAUGUAGCUAACGCUUCAGGGCUGCGAGAUCAGCUGAUUAACAAGCUCAAAGCAAAUCACAGUUUAGCCAAACAAUCUCAAAAGUAUCUGCAAUUUUUUAAAUGACGUCAAUUUUACUUAGAAUAGAUAUAUUUAUGUGGAUUAAUUUAAAUGUGUUUGCAGUAGAAAUUAGCGAUGAUGCCGGCUAGUUUUAGCACCUUCAGUUCAACAUGUAGCUAACACUUAUGAGCUGGGGUUUCAAAUGUCAGAGUAGACAGCAAUGUGAAAUUUAAAGUGAUGGUUCGUAACAUUAGCAUGAGAUUGGAAUAAUUUAAAUAAACAGAAUUCUACCUUGUAACAGGUUUCACUGUGACUAGCUGUUAGCUUGUCAAUCCAACUGGAACUAACCUGUUUCUUACUACAUGUGAUUCACAAACCUUCCAUUGAAAUAUCUAAAAACUGGUUUGUGGAUUGAUGUUACUCAUAAAAUACUGAAGGUUUUGUUCCUAAAAGAAUUUUGAACUGAACAACGUUCUGUGUCCCCGUGUAGUGAUUUGCGUGUACUAGUUUUGUUUAAACGAAAGCCUUGGGUCUGUGAGACAUUUUAUUAUUGUUUCAAAUAAAUUCAGGUUCAUUACAUAAGUUUUCACAAAGAAAGAUGAAAAGCCUAGCUUAGUGUGAUUGCUCUAAUAAGGAGUCAGAUUUUCCACUCUGGAUACCAAAUUAGAGCUAAAACAAAAACGGAACCGUCUCAGUUUUGUAUAGCACCACUCUGAUCAUGUCAAAUGUGACUAUGUGCAGAUAUUUCUGAUCAAAUUCACAAUUAAGAUUUUAAAAAGACUCUGCAUGGUUCUCCCAUUGACUCUACUGCCCCAAGUGGCCACAAAAUAAUAGUGAUGUGGUUGUAAUAAGCCUGCAAGUGUCACUAGACAGAACUAAUGAUUAUUCACCAAAACAUCAACAAAAAAAAAAGUUUUAGUAGCUUUUGCCUAAUUAUUCACCCCUUUAUCUGUAGUAACUGGCCAGUUCUUUUGUACGAGUUAUUUAUCAUUUGGUGAUUUGAUCAAAAAUAGGAUCAUUUGGAAUGAAAAACCUUCAGUGUUAUUUUGUUAUCAAGAUAAAAUAAAUUAGGAUUAAAUUUUACAUGUAGUUAUUACUUUGAAAAGGGUGUGUGUGUGUGUGUGUGUGUGUGUGUGUGUGUGUGUGUGUGUGUAUGUUUGGGGGGGGCUCAAAACACAACAAAUAGGGUGAUUUUGGUCCCAAAAGUGUUCUAAUCUUGUUAUUUCAGUGAAACGCCUUUUGUCAACUGUCCAAUGUCUCUACUGUCCUCUUGGAGACGCUGGUUGUUCUGUGCAAGUCUUUGACCUUCUACGUGUUUUCCUUUGGAAGUGGCCCUCUGUGUCUACCUGUGUUUGUGACAGUGGUUCCUCUGUCUGUGGUUAGAGAUUAGAAGCUGUUUGGUCCAUCAAUAAUCUCAGUGAGUGGUCAACAGUGUCUUCUCUUUCUGCCGUCUUCAGAUUUGGCCUCUGUUGGUGAUCCAGUCUUUUUACCUGGCUUCCACAAGCUCGCCUUCCUGAAAACACACCUUGUGUCCUCAUUGCUUGUAAAUUGGCCGUCAAACUGAGUUUACGUGUUCAUGUGGAUUAUUUCUGCCUGAUGAGGUUUUUGCUGGGAGCAGAACAUCCUGAGCUUGUGGAUUUGUGAAAAGUAUUUUGCACAUGCCAUUUUUCUUCAACAGUUUUAUUUUUUUAUUUUUUGCCUUCUGCCUAUAACAAUUAGAGUAAACUAUGAUGCUUGUACAUAUCAGACUAGUGAUGUUGUAUUCUAGGUUUGUUUUUCUUACUUUGACAUGUUUGAUAGUACUGCUUUUUUCAUGAUUGCGUCUGUCAGUUGGAACAGAUGUGGAGUGACAGUUAAAGUGGUCAUUGUUUCAUUAGUUUUUUUUUAAAUAAAGAUAUUCCUGAUUUGUA